GUCAGAAGAUACAACAAUGAGACAAUGAGUACAUGGCAAUAAUUAAUGCUGCAAAGGGAGUUCAUUGGAUUAAAAAGUUAAUUAGUGAGCUUAGUGUAAUGUCUAGUAUUGCGAAUACCAUUAGGUAACAAAUUUCGCUUAUCAUUACCGAUAAAAUCCUACAUUUCCAACCAUAAAAGAAGGAUUGAGCAGUACUCGAUUAGGUAACAAAUUAGCCGAAGUUGUUGGAGAGCAAUCCAACCGUAUUGUUAGACUCUGUACAAAUAAUUACCCAAGCCAGCAAAACUCUGUACAAUAAUUACCCAAGCCAAAAAGCUGGCCCCCUGCCCAACUACAGUCUGUACUCAGUUCUCAGUUACUACUCACCACUUACGCACCCUUUAACCCUUGAUUUAUUGUCGUUUCUGAUUGUGAGGAAAAGCGCCAUAAACACAGAUCAAAUAUUUGACAGCUUUCAAUACUUUAUGGUCCAUGCAAUUCCAUUAAUACUCAUCUACUUUCAUCUUCAAAAUCUGCCAUGGAAAUACCUUCAACUGUUAACUCUUCUACCCGCUAUCGACCUCGCCGGAAAAUCAUUUACGCCGGCAUUGUUCUCCGUCGCCGUCGUUGUCUCCGUUACUGGUUGAUCUUACCUUUGCUUUACAUUUUAGGUUUACUUAUCUGUGCUCGUCCUCUGUCUCUCUUCUUCUUUCCUGUUCUUCCUGGUUCUCUCUAUCGCAGCCAUGAGAUCUUCCAGAAACUUCGCCAUCGUAUUCUCGCUGACGAUUCCCCUGCCCUUCAGUUGUCUAGUCUUUGGGUGUAUAAAAAAUUGAAAAUCGAAAAACCUUGCAAAAUUGCUAAUCCAGCAACAAGAAUGGAAACAUCAGAUAACAAUGGAUAUUUGAUUGUUGAUGCGAAUGGAGGCCUUAAUCAACAAAGAUCGUCAAUAUGCAAUGCCGUGGCUGUUGCAGGGUUUUUGAAUGCUACAUUAGUAAUUCCACGUCUGGAAUAUCACAAUGUCUGGCAGGACUCCAGUCAUUUUGAUGAUAUCUAUGACGAGCAACAUUUUAUAGACACCCUUAGUAGUGUCGUGAGGGUCACACGGGAGAUACCAUCAAAUAUAAUGGAACGAUUUCAUUACAAUAUCAGCGAUGUACCAAUUAUUCAAGUCCCUGCUUGGUCUCCGAUCAAUUACUACCUUGAAGAAGUUUAUCCCAUCCUACGGAAUCAAGGGGUUGUUCGCAUAGCUCCUUUCGCCAACAGACUGUCAAUGUACGUUCCUCCAGACAUUCAGUAUUUAAGAUGUCUUGCAAAUUACAAAUCCUUAAAAUUUGCAUCUCCUGUAUCAACACUUGCCAAGAAGCUAAUCAAGAGAAUGAUGGAGAAGAGUCCAAGAACAGAUGGUAAAUAUGUCUCAGUCCACCUGCGUUUUGAGGAGGAUAUGGUUGCAUUCUCAUGCUGCAUAUAUGAUGGAGGAAAGAAAGAACGAUUUGAGAUGGACUAUGUCCGUGAGAAAGGAUGGAAGGGAAAAUUUAGACGCAGGGGCACAACAAUCAAUCCUGGCCUCAAUCGAGUCAGUGGAAAAUGUCCUAUGACCCCUGUGGAGGUUGGAAUGAUGCUAAGGGGAAUGGGAUUUGCCAAUGAUACAAUAAUCUAUUUGGCAUCAGGGAAGCUAUAUAAGGAAAAGAGAUAUUUAGCUCCCCUGUUAGAGAUGUUUCCACUUCUAUAUACCAAGGAGUCACUUGCAACCCCGGAAGAGCUUGCUUAUUUUAAGGGUUAUUCGUCCAGAUUGGCUGCUUUGGACUAUGUAGUAUGCUUGUUUAGCGACGUUUUCUUGACAACUCAAGGUGGAAACUUUCCGCAUUUUCUCAUGGGUCAUCGCAGAUACCUUUAUGGUGGACAUGCAAAAACUAUCAAACCCAAUAAACAAAAACUUGCUCUUCUUUUCCACAACACGAGCAUCAGUUGGGAAGAGAUAAAGGAUCAGGUGAAAGUGAUGCUUGUGGAAAGCAAUCGUGAAGGGCUAAUGAUGCCACGAAUUAAAAAAUCUAGUAGGCACAACUCUAUUUACAAAUACCCAUUUCCACAGUGUAGAUGUCUCCAAGAGGCUCAAAAUCUUACUGUAAAUCUAGCCAAUGUGGGUGAUCUGUUGGAUGAUAAGCUUAAGCUCAUCAUUUGAUGUGAGUAUUCUUGCUUUACACAAGCGUGCAAUGCAUUGCUGCAUUCAACUAGAACAUGCCUUCUUGAUUUAAACAUUAAUCCGUGAUUAAAUGUGAACUAGACCAGGCAAUCUCCAUAAAAUGGGGUCAUGCAUAGGUAGGUUAUAGGUGUUAGUGAUUAUCCUGUCGUCAUGGUGCACUACAAAGCGUUUGUGUACCCGAACAAACUUGUACAAACUGAAUAGUUUGCUGAAAAGCUGUGUUGCAGAUGCGUGAACUGAAUGUUCAUUUUAUACUGAUGGAUUAGUUGUCGAUUAACAUUAGAUGUUGCUGAAUAAAGCUAUUCCAAGAGAAAAGGAGCGCUUGAGGCUUUAUUAUUCAUUUUUUCAUGGUAGAUGAUUCGCAGGAUCGCAAUGGGCAAACACCUAAUGCUAACGCUACUUGUCCAUUAUGCAGUAAUAGCUGGGAUACAUGUGUUUUGUGCCAAUUUUGCGGUGGCCUAUUGUCUUGAGCACCUUGUAUUUCAAAUUGUUAAUGAAUCCUUCUCUUUAUUUAUUAAUUAAUAUAUAUUCUUUUUGUUCU